AUGCCGUGGAUGCCGUCUGCAGGAGAUCAGGGCCGUCGCCCGACCAGCCCUCAUUGGGACGAGCCAGAGGUCUGGUUCUGCCUAAAGAUGAACCUCUUCCCGGACAGUAGAGUACCUGGAGAAGUGCCUGUACGAGGUGUGCGAUUACCGACGGACGCCGGAGGUUUCGGAAGAGCCCGAGGGUUUCUGCUGCCCGGUUUUGGGAUGGGCAGAGGGGGCUCCUGUGGGGCCUGUGCCUCGCCGGACAUCAAAAAAGCAGGCGUCGCACGGGAGAAGAGGCCUGUGCUGCAAACAGAGUUUCCUGGCAGAGGAUUUGUUGGCGUAGGCGAGCCGUUGCCUCAUAUAGGGGUAGUUCUCCCGGUGCGGCCCAGGUCGUCCUUCCAGUCCGCUGCCCCCGUCUCUGAAGAAGCACCGGUUCCUCCAGGAACGCCUCCGAAAGUUGAAGUGAAAAUUGAGACAGAGCCUCUGCAGAAAACCGGAACAAAAGGCAGUCCUGUAUCCAUCGGGUCAAACUACAUCCCCAUCUGCUGCAAAAAUGAAGCUGUGUUUCAGUACCAUGUUACUUUCACGAGCACCGGUCUGACGGGGGAGGUGGUGGCCUUUGAUGGAUCCAUCCUCUAUCUGCCGAAACGUCUUGAAGAGGUUGUUCAUCUUAAAGCCGAGAGGAAAACCGACAAUCAAGAGAUCGACAUUAAGAUCCAGCUGACGAAGAUUCUGCCGCCCAGCUCUGAUCUGUGCAUCCCGUUCUACAACGUGGUCCUAAGGAGAGUGAUGAAAUUACUGGGGCUGAAGCUGGUGGGCAGAAACCAUUACGACCCCAACGCCGUUGUGAUUCUCGGCAAACACAGGCUUCAGGUGUGGCCUGGAUACUCCACCAGCAUCAAGCACACCGAUGGAGGCCUCUACCUCGUCGUGGACGUCUCGCAUAAGGUGCUGCGAAACGACUCGGUGCUCGAUGUCAUGAAUCUGAUUUACCAGGGAAGCCGUGAGAGCUUUCAGGACGAGUGCACGAAGGAGUUUGUGGGCUCGAUCGUCAUCACGCGCUAUAACAACCGCACUUACCGUAUCGACGACAUCGAGUGGUCCAAGUCUCCCAAAGACACCUUCACCUUGGCUGAUGGGACCGUCACCACGUUUGUGGAUUACUACAGGAAGAACUAUGGCAUCGCCGUAAAGGAGCUGGACCAACCGCUGCUCAUCCAUCGUCCCAAAGAGAGGUCCAGACCUGGAGGAAAGGUCAUGACGGGUGAAAUCCUGCUGCUCCCGGAGCUCUCCUUCAUGACCGGCAUCCCCGAGAAGAUGAGGAAGGACUUCAGAGCCAUGAGGGUACAAAUCAGCGACAGGGUCGGGAUCUGGCUGUGCACAUCGGCGUCAGCCGAGCAGAUUCUAGUGACUCAAGGAAGAACUCUGCCCAACGAGACCAUCUGCUUGCAUUCAGCUUCUUUUGUGACGUCUCCGGCGGUAGACUGGUCCAGAGAGGUGGUUCGAGACCCCUCUAUCAGCACCGUUCCUCUGAACUGCUGGGCUGUUUUCUAUCCCCGGCGGGCGACCGAUCAGGCAGAGGAGCUGGUGACUACUUUUACUAAGGUGGCCGGACCAAUGGGCAUCAAAAUUGAGCGGCCCAUCCGCGUGGAGCUACGGGACGAUCGAACAGAGACCUUCAUCAAGAGCAUUCACUCUCAACUCACCAGCGAGCCCCGUGUGCAGCUGGUCGUGUGCAUUAUGACCGGAAACAGAGACGACCUGUACAGCGCCAUCAAGAAGCUCUGCUGCAUCCAGAGUCCUGUACCUUCACAGGCCAUCAACGUUCGGACCAUCUCUCAGCCACAGAAGCUCCGCAGCAUCGCUCAGAAGAUCCUUCUGCAGAUUAACUGCAAGCUGGGAGGAGAGCUGUGGACGGUGAACGUUCCUCUGAAAUAUCUGAUGGUGAUUGGGGUGGAUGUUCACCAUGAUGUAAGCAAGAAAAGCAGAUCUGUCAUGGGCUUUGUGGCAAGUCUCAACAGCAUGCUGACCAAGUGGUACUCCAGGGUUACCUUCCAGAUGCCUCACGAGGAGAUAAUCAACGGCUUCAGGGUCUGUCUGCUGGCGGCCCUGCAGAAAUACUACGAGGUAUUUCUAUCAACUGGUCAAUCGAUUCGGUUAAAAGCCACAGGGCGCGUUUCAGCCAUUUCUCGCCGACAGGUGAACCACACCUUCCCCGAGAAGAUCGUCAUCUAUCGCGACGGCGUGUCUGACGGACAGCUCAAGACGGUGGAGCUUUACGAGAUCCCUCAGGUCCUGAAGUGCUUCGAGACCAUCCCGAACUACGAUCCGAAGCUGGCUUUCAUCGUGGUGCAGAAGAGGAUCAGCACCACCCUGUACUCCUGCGGAUCUGACCAGUUCGGCACGCCCUCGCCGGGAACCGUCCUGGACCACACCGUCACCAACAGAGACUGGUCGGUGUCCAAGAGCCGGCUUCAGAGCGACUGA